CGGCGGGAGAAGUCACGUGUGUGGUGAGGGGGGCGGAGGAUUGGUGGGCGCAGUCACGUGCGCGGUGAGGGAGCGGCGGAUUGGCGGGCGCUGUGCUCCGGGCUGGCGGCGGGAUGGAGGCCGCUCUCUUCAUCUUCUCCCUCAUAGACUGCUGCGCCCUCAUCUUCCUCUCCGUCUACUUCAUAAUUACUCUAUCGGACUUAGAAUGUGACUACAUCAAUGCGCGUUCCUGCUGCUCCAAGUUAAAUAAGUGGGUGGUUCCGGAGCUGAUUGGUCACACCCUGGUAUCUGUGCUGAUGCUGGUGUCGCUACACUGGUUCAUAUUCAUUCUAAAUCUACCUGUAGCAGCGUGGAACAUAUAUAGAUUUAUCAUGGUGCCAAGUGGAAAUUUGGGGGUGUUUGAUCCAACAGAAAUUCACAAUCGCGGGCAGCUAAAGUCUCACAUGAAGGAGGCCAUGAUCAAGCUGGGAUUCCACCUAUUGUGCUUCUUCAUCUACUUGUACAGUAUGAUUUUGGCCUUGAUAAACAACUGAGAACCCGGAUAGCGCCAGGUGGCGGUGUAGGACCUUCCAUCCCGAUCUGACGUUAAGAGGAGAGCCGUAAUGAACAAGAAAGAUCAGAGUGUCACACGAUGCUUCAUGCAGAGUUAUUUUUUUUCUUUCCCAAUUGAACUCCAUAUUUUUCGCUGUAUUUUUUUAACAUAUAUAAAAUAUUUAAAAGACUGAAAAGAAAAAAAUCCCCUCAUUUGUGUUUUGAUUUUCUAGAGAAAGAAAUAUUAGUUUGGCUCUGCAUUGAGUUCUGGUUGAGAGCUCCCGUUGGGGGAAGGUGGGGAAAUGUCAAAGUAAUGACCGUAUGAUGAGCCGCCACGACGGCCGAUAGCACUGAUUGGAUGCGUAUCACAAGCAUCCGCCUGACUAAGCGUUGCCGACCGAGGCCCAUUUAAAUUUGAUAAUGUUUACACUGAGUAGUAAUGAUGACGCGUGGAGGCUGUCUAGUCAGGUAAAGCAAUAUAAUGACGCUGCACAUAAUAAAUCCUUAUUUCUUUGUGGAGGAGGAACGUUUUUUUUUAUUUUUCCGGUGGUAGGGGGCCCUGAGUAUUUGUGAUAUGCAGCGGAAUUUAUACAACAGUCAUUUUGUGUCUUUAAGUUCUUACAUGUCUUCAUUGUUACCCUCGUCUCUGUCCGUGGGGCAGGUGCUGCCUUUCAUACACAAGUCUUGUGAUUGCUGUCUGAUACCGUUUUUCACCAUUAAAUCAUUCACUUGA